GAAUGCCUCGAAAUUCACCAAUCCACCAGGUGUUGCUUUGCCACUCCCACUAACCUCUUUCAUUCUGACAUUCACGAUUGUACAGCAUAGCAAGCGCGUACGGGGCGAGACAUGCGAGACACCAACUCCCUGCUGAUCAACAUUAUAGACUCUCUCGCACACACGAAAUUUGGAACGUGGACUCGAGCAUGGUACGAAUGAGCUCUUGCUGCUUGCAAAUCGCCUUGCCUUGACAUCCACAGCCUCGCUUCGCCAAGUCACAGGCACACGAAACAGCAGGGCCAUCUCGAGCGUAUAGCCAGACACGCAUUCCAUUGGCAAUAGGUCUACGGAGAGCCUGCUUGAAUUCUGGCGUCAUCGCCCCUCGUCAUGUCUGGACUUGCUGCUGUGCCAAGUGGGUCAGCCGCGCAAAUCCACGAGGAGCAUAUACCAGCAGGCGAAGAAGACUCCCUCACGCUUCAGAACCCCUUGAGCGAGCUCUGCCCAUCAUUGCUGUUCGUCCAGUCUUUGGCAAGUCAGCCCGUCGCGCAAUUUGCUGGCGGCACGCCAGAAAAGUCCGCACGAUUGACCAGAGCUCUUCUCCGAGCCUGCACAUUCGGCGACUCGGAUCUCGUCACUUGGAUUCUGCAGGUCAGAUCGCAGGCGGAAGAUUCUCGGCUUUCAAAAGAUGCGCAGCCAGAGGCUAUAGCGCUAGCAGAGAUCGACCUCAGAAACGCGAGGGAUGAGAACGGCAGCGGUGCAAUGGUUCUGGCAGCGUCUGGAGGACAUGUUGACAUUGUGCACAUGCUGGUCCAAGCAGGCGCUGAGCUCGAUGAGAGGGAUUCAUAUGGCUGGACACCCCUCAUGUGGGCUAUAAACAGCAGCAACGCACCUUUGGUGGCGUUUCUGCUCUCGCAUGGGGCCGACGUGAGAGCCAGAAGCUCGCGCGGCACCUCUUGCGAGGACUUUGUCCUAUCCGCAAUCGCCGGAGAGGAGAGCAGCCAGCAUGCGGACGCUGGGCCGAGUCGAUUGGCCAUGCCGCUCGACGCUGAAGAGAAGCAGCAAGCUGCAGAUCGUGAGCUUAUUGUCGAUCUGGUCUACGAACACCUUCAGAAUAUCCUUCGAGACCCCAACGCGCUUCUACGACAGCCUCACGAUGCAGCAUCGCCGCUAUCGAGAGGAGCGGGAUCAGCUCCCGGCUCUCCUCUUCCAUCGCACCCUCAAGCAUCGCCAUCCCCUGCACUACAGGGGCUAAGAUCGCCGCUUGCAGCUCUUUCCUCGCAUUACAGAGAAGGUAGCCUUGGAAGCACGGGCCUUAGGAGGCUGAUCGGCCGUGACGAGCGAGUCCAGCUGGCGGCAGCAGACCUGAAGGCCCGCGAAGUGGCAGAGGCCCGCCGGCGAGCCCUUAUGGAUGCUGCUGUGUUGCUGGAACUGGACUAUUCAAACGUGAUCGGAGGACCGCCGCCCGAGUCUGAAGUAAGCCCUCCAGAACGGCGGACUGCCAAGAGGAAGGGCAAGAGACUGAGCAGUCGGAAGCGCACCCUGAACCAUCUUCAUCGCUUCGGACUAGCUUCAGGAUGCGGGGCUCUCGAAGUGGGGGCCGAUCCGCUCAGCGCCGAAUUUCGAUGGGACGAAGUACUGCACUCGCAGAUGCUGGUCGUAUCUCUCGAAGAGCUACCCUUGAUGCUGGAGCAAUUUGUCUCGAGCGCUAAGCCAAUGCGCGCGCCAUGGACAGCCCGUGCAGCACCUGCCAACUUCAUCUUCCUGUGCGCACGCUUCGCUGCGCAGUACGACUCGGACAUCCUACUGGAAGAGGUGAUUCUUGGGUCCAUACAGAGGAUUGAAGACAUUAUCUACGCCACAUCAGAAGAUUUGAGCAUCAUUGCCUUUUGGCUUUUCAAUUGCUGCUUGUUGCUGCACUACACUCAGCGCGAUUUGGCUCUAUCUCAAAAGCCGCAGAUGGCAGAACACCGGGAACUCUUGGCCGACGUCAUCACUGAAAUUUACGCCUUUGUCAUCCGGGACGUCGAAAGGCGGAUUGACAGGGUCAUGGAUGCAGCCAUUCUCGAUUACGAUGCCAUACCGGGUCACGAAGAGGUCCGCUUUGAGAGCGAGUGGAAGUUCAUGCAAAAGCUGACCGAUAAUCUUACUGGUAGUGUCAAAGGCUUGGGCGCAAGUCCCAAUUCCGCCUCGGCCGGUCGUGUGCCCUCCGCAUCAAACAGCUCGCCAACGCCUAGACGACCCUUGAGCCAAAUCUUCGGCAGACGCGAGCCUGCCACACCUGAAGCUGACUCCAGCAAAGUUGCCACACCUGCGAGCGCUCUGUCAGGCUCACCUCAGACCAGCACGAAAGACGCAUGGCGACAACCUCAUCCAUCGCCUGGACGAUCGGCUGGGCUCGAAGCGCACUCCAGCUCCACACGGAGAACGCGUCCAAGCUCUCUGUCGGCACAGAAUUACAAGGAAGACUCGCGCGACAUGUCAGCUGAAAGUUUACUCGCAAAGCCCUCUCCACGGACGAUCACAGCUCUGCUGACGGCGACAUUGCACGUUCUUCAGCUCUACGAGAUCAAUCCGAUCAUCAUCGUUCAAGCGCUGUCGCAGGUGUUCUUUUGGGUCGGCUGCGAGCUCUUCAACCGGGUUCUGACAAGGCGCAAGUAUUUGUGUCAGUCUCGAGCCAUGCAAAUUCGACUCAACGUUUCUGCACUCGAAGAUUGGGCGCGAUCCAACGCGCUGCCUCUGUCCAUCAUCAACGUGCAUUUUGAGCCCCUUCGUCAGCUCAUCUCGUGGCUGCAAUCUCAGUCUACGCUGCAAGAGUUUGUCGACCUGCUCUCAACGAUGCAAGGAAUGCGGGUGCUGAACCCGUUGCAGCUGCGCAGGGCCGUGCGCGACUAUCGCUAUCAGGUGGGCGAGCCGCGCAUGAGCCCGGACUGCGCGCAGUACCUCGAACAGCUGCAAAAGGAUUGGGAGCGGCGGCAGCAAGAGCUGCAGCAGAAGCAGGCUUCGCGACAGGAGGAAGAGGUUGAAAAGGCGCGAGCCAGGGCCAGGGCAAACGCCAAGCCACACGUGCAUCACCGAAGUGGCACGGAGACACAGCAUGGCUGCACCCCUGAUAGUCGCUCGCCGAGCCCCGCAACAGCCGAAGAGGAGACGCUGGACACCCUCUUCGCCGAUUCGAUGCUCCCGAUGACGAGAGAAGACGAGCUCGCUUUGAAAACGCAGGACCUCGUCAACUCUCUGUUCGUGCCUGGCAAGAGCGUCGCUGAUUAUCAUCCUCCGUGGGGCGCCACUGGUGGAACCUUCUCGGACGAAUUUGACGAGCUUGCGAGACGCACUGAACUGCUGAACAGUCGCGAUAUGCUUCCAUUUGCCUUGCCUUCGGAGCCGGCAGCUCUCAUUGUCAGUCCCGGAGAUGCGUUCGGUUUCGGUCGAGGACACUUUCAAGGCACUGGUACGCCCGGCCUACGCAUAGCUCAGCAAAGCGCAGCGGGCGGUCUGGCGCAGUCUCCGUUCGCGAGCAGCAGACCGGGAAGUCCUGCCAUCUCAGCGAGCGGCUAUGGCGACGGUUCACGGUCUCCAAGCAGGUCGGACGACGGCCAGAGCGAGGAUAGCUGGGCUUCUUCCGCUCGGACAGGUGUGAGCGUGUCGAGCCGGACGUCGAGCCUCUUUGCUCAAGGCAAGGGCGUCUCUGCCGGGGCAUUCUGGCAGCCUGUACCUAUCCUACCAGAAGGCACACUCGAGAAGGUCGACGAGCUGGCUAGAAAAGUGGCUGCGAGUCGUCCGCCACUGCAGAGUCGCUUAGCAUUCGCAACGACUGGCUCGCCGCUCAUGACGCCGACUUCUGCAAGACCGGAAGGCGCAUCGCUCUUCGGUGGCAGCCGUCGGACUAGUUUAAGAGCAUCACUGGAACCGCCAGGCAGUCCAUCAAGUGCCGAUCGCACCGCUAGUCUCUCUCCUGCUGACACUCUCAUACCACCGCCGCUGCCAAAGGACAAAGAUGGCCAAAAGCCAAGAGGCUUGAGGAUGACCCGAGCCGCCGCAUAUGGCUACGGAGACUCAGAUGACGAAGAAGAGGUGCGCGACGAGCUCUUGGACGACGACGAGGCACCGAGAGUCUCUUCCCGUAGAGUGCCUUCGCGAAGUCCCUCUCGGGAAUCGAACAACGCGCAGCAAAGGCAGCAGACGCAUCAACGAUCCGUUUCUGGACUUUCGAUCAAGCCCACCAGACUCGUUUUGCCGCCGCGCAAAGCUUUGGGACAACAUGCGCUGAACGCACGAGUGGAAAGCGAGGGAAAGGACAUUGAUACGGAUACGCCUGUAGAACGCAGAAGUGCUGCACGUCUUGCAUCUUGAUUCCUGUUUAUCACUUGCCUGCCACAUUUCCAGUUUUUGCGCGCAUGCAUCAGUGACCAAUCAAAGUUUUCCAUCUCACUUGCAAGCGCGCAUCAUACCAG